UCAAAAGCCUCCAAAACUCCCAUCACUACGCAGUGAAAGUGUCUGUUAUGUCACCAGCGGCUCUGCGCACGCGCAGCAGUCGCGCGCAGACUGCCAUGCCGCGCGCACGCUGACAUGUCACGAAACAUGCCGAACAUGAUCGCGAUCUUAGUGCUGCUGUGUAGUGCCUUUGCGGCGGAGCUGAAAGAAAACCCUAGGGAAGAGCGACUAAGAAGCGCCUUAAUAGACGCUUUCCAGAAUAUAAAGGGCGCUAAGCUCCCCGAGGGAAACUCGGACCUGAUCGGAUCAGUGCUAACGAAGUCUUCGACAACCGAAGAUUCCUUCGAUUUAUUCGCGGACGACGAUGGACUGACGUUCGCAGAAGCUUUCGAGCAACCCAAAACGUCCAGCACCGAAAAAUCUCACUACGUCCAGCAUAUAAUAAAGAGCGCAAGGGAGAAAACUACGACAAAACCUAAGGAUGUUUUAACGAAAUUGAGCGAUUCCAUACGAAAUACGGUGAACGAAAGCAGGGCGUUGAGGAGUAACUCUUCAAUGGUCGGUAUUGAAGACAUGCUGAGGGUGUUCGAUGCCGAUAUAUUAGUGAGUCAGUGGGAUGAGCUGCAGAAGACGGUGAACGGGAGCUGUCUCGAGGACAUGCAGGAAUACAUCGAGGGGCUGAGGGAGAAGAGCCUUUGGGCCCUGAAAAUGGAGGACGCAAGCGGCCGCUAUACUGCCAUGUUCUACUGGGGGAACAACUACUGGACUGGCUCCGCUGAGCUCUGCCAUGUCCUCAACGAACGGCACGCCGUGUCCAAACACAGGAACAAGAGCGGUUCCCAGAUCUUCGCGGACUGGCGCGAGGACGUCUCCAUGACUGGCUUUGGGCCUCCCUUCGACGCGGCCUUCUACAACGUGCGGCUCUCGGCCUCGUCUGACGACCCUGAUAUUAUCAAAACUCGCCGAACCCUACACCUCGGGGUCUGUCUACCGGCCUCGUGCACUCGCGAGGCCGUAGGCACGUUGGUGCAGGCCUCGCGGGCCCCGCUGCUCAAGUUCAAGGUGACGGCGGUGCGCUCUCCCGACCAUGGUGGCUAUAAUUUUCUGGAGGAUAAGACUUUUCAAGUUUUAUUCGGCGUUACCUGCGUACUGGCAAUCGUCCUAAUCUCCGCGACGGCGUAUGACAUGAAGUUGGCGCGCGCCGUGCGCCGGCGCCGCCGCCGCGCCGCCAACAUGGCCGCGGAAGGUGACGUCAGGCUCGAUCUGAACCCGCAGCACGCUAUCAACGUCGCCAAAGGCAAAUCGAUGUACAACGUGAACAACAACAUUACGAUAAACACGAACAACUCAGAGGAACACCUCACGUCUGAGACAUCGUCCACGCAGGAGGAUCAACUCAAACUCAGCGUCUGGUCGGAACUGCUGCUCUCAUUCUCGAUGAAGGCCAACAUCCUGCAGAUCUUCGACCAGUCCGUCGGCUCGGACACUGUCCCCGUGGUUCAUGGUCUCCGGUCACUCUCCAUGGUGUGGGUCAUCUUUGGGCACACCUGCAUCGUUGUAUUCAAGUACGCGGACAACACGGCGCUGCGAGCGGUCCUGGAGAAGAGCUUCUGGUUCCAGCUCAUCAUCAGCGCCGUGUACAGCGUCGACACGUUCUUCUGUCUCGGUGGCAUGCUGGUUUCAUUCCUAUACUUCCGGACCAACGCGAAAGGCAAACUCGACGUGCUGACCAAGGGCAGAAGGAAGAUCACCUCGGGGCUGCUACAAUUUUUUGGCCUCAUGGGGUACAGAUUCGCCAGACUGACAGCCCCCUACCUCUUCAUGCUGGGCGUAGUGGAGGUGACGAUGAAGUGGUUCGCGCACAACGCCGUCUUCGAGCCCCCGGCGAUGGACCACGAGACCUGCCCCAAGUACUGGUGGAGGAAUCUGCUGUAUAUCAACACCCUGUUCCCUGUUGACCAGAUGUGCAUGUUGUGGAGUUGGUACCUCUCCGAUGACACCCAGUUCUACGCUGUCAGCGCUAUUCUACUCAUCUUAGCCACCAGCCACUUCAAACUCUCCGUGGCCCUGACCUUCGUCUUCUUCAUCUCCUCGCUCCUGACGACUGGCUACGUGUCCUGGAGCAACGACCACAUCCCGUCCAACGAGGACCCCUUCACGCAGUUCGACAAGAUAUACGACAAACCGUGGACCAGGCUCGGGCCGUAUCUGGUCGGCAUGGCGGUUGGCUGGAUACUAUUCAAGACCAAUCUGAAGAUUAAGAUGAGCAGGGUAUGGGCGUGGGUGGGUUGGGUGAUCUGCACAGCGACCUUCCUCUUCCUAAUCUUUGGACUCUACAAGACGGAGCUGAGCGUAGCCACUGCGGCGGUAUACAGCGCCGUAUCCCAUUCUCUAUGGGCGGCUUGCGUUGGCUGGGUCAUCAUAGCCUGUUCCUCAGGCCAUGGAGGCUGGGUGGAACCACUGCUCUCGGCGCCAGUCCUCUACCCGUUCUCCAGAGUAACGUACUGCGCUUACUUGGUGCACCCCGUCGUGCUCCGAUACGUGGCCAUGCACCUCACGCACCCUAUACACCUGGGAGAACUACUCGUGUUCGUGCUAUUCCUGGGGCUGACUGUGAUAUCAUAUUUCAUGGCGUUUAUGAUAUCCGUGGCAUUCGAGGCCCCCAUAGUGACCAUGCUCAAGAUCCUAUCUCCACAGCGCAAACCACACCGUGUUUGACCUUAGACCUCGAUAACACCAUAGGUAUAUGAAGAAAGGGUUAGGCCUCGGCCGCAUCGAGUCUAAAAGU